AUGACUAUCCAGGCAGAAUCCCCAAAGAUUGUGAAGCUUGAUGCUCACAAUCCAAAGACGAAAACCGAUGGGGUCACCGAAAUAGUCCAAAGAGAUGGUGGGGUUAUAAUCAAGGGUCUCUUUCCGACAGAGCAUACGGAAAGAAUCCGAGCGGAGCUGAAGCCGGUCUUCGAUGCGGACAUUCCAGAUCCCUCCGGCUUCUUCCCAAAGUCGACGAGACGCGCAACUGGGUUGAUUGGGAUCUCGGACGCAUGCGUUGAAUAUGUCACAAACAAGUUGUGGAUUGACGUCUGUAACAAAAUCCUGUCUAUGACAAAGUCCACAUACGAAAAUGUCGCCACCUUGAUAAUCCCAGGAUCGCACAAAUGGGAUAUAGAACGGACUCCUAAAAGGGAGGAAGCUGUACCGGCUGAGCUGGAUGUCGGCGAUGUCCUGAUAUUCACUGGAAACGUGUACCAUGGUGGAGGUGCAAACAAGUCAAUUGAUCAAAUCCGAGAAGUCAUCGGAAUGUUCAUGGUGAAAGGAAUGUACAGACCAGCUGAAAAUCAGAUGCUUGCCGUGCCACCUGAAAAGGCCAGGAGUUUUCCCCCAGGUUCAAAGACUUCUUGGGUAUGGGAUCAGAGCGCCGAGUGUUAG